GGUUAAAACCUUAUAAUUUAGUUUGAAUAUAAAGUAUCUCCUGGUACGAUCUUAACUUCCAGAACUGAUUCAGGAAUAUUGCUGAUAAAUUCUUUAGAUUGUUGCAUUUAUGUAUUCAUCUUCAUAUUGCUUUGUUUAAAAAAAAAAGUCAUUAUUUUAAUGUAUUAUGUAUUUAUUUGGAAGAAUUCUAUACCUGUUUAUACAAUAUUUUUAUAUCAUUAUCAUUUAUAAUCAAUACUUGCAUCAGUAUUGCCAUAGAACAAUUUCAGAUAAGGGCUAGAAUUCGGUUUUUAUUUAUGGCUAGUGUUGGCUUUUUUUUCUUUCGUUUCCUCCUCUCAGAAAUGUAAAUUUAAGAUAUUAUUCUAUAAACAUCAGGAUUUGAAGGGUUUUUUUUUUUACCCCUGUUGUAUUAUUUUUCAUUUUAAUUUGCAAUAGAGAGGAAGAAGUGGCAAAAUAGUUCCUUCUAGUAUGCAAAAAACAUGGAACCAUUCUGAUUUUUCUUUUUUAUUAUUUUUUAAGGCAGCAUUUUAGGUAUCAGCUUUUCACUGUAAGUCAUGCAUUUUUAUUUGUGUUUUCCAUAGGAAACAAUGUAAAUAUAUUUUUUUUCAGUAGUAAUGGAUACAAAGUUGUGCUUUCCUGAAAUUAGGGCUCUCUGCAGGUCAAAUGUAUGUGGGCAAUUACUUCAGUGGGGUGACAAUUGCUGGAGCUGCAUUUAAAGAGAUAUAGGAUAAUUAAUAAAUAAAAUUAUAACAACCAAACUAAUAAACUUGUACACUAUCACAAAGUCAUUCAUUAGGCUCACACUGCCACCAUGAUGUUACUGUAAUGAUCAUCAGGAGCUGCUGAUGACUUAUUUGCCUAUUUAGAAUGUCAUAUUACACUGUUUUAUAAAAUGCUGUUGGUCCUACACUAUUGCUUCACUCUGGACACCUGGUUGGUGCUGCUGCUUUGGGUGUUGUUAAUCCCUGAAUUCCAGUGACAAAUCGGGGAAUUCCUGAAAUGCCACACUCUUCUCCCCCAUGUUAGAAUUCCCUCCAGGUUCACUGAAUUACGCAGGGAGCAAAGCUUUUUCUGUAAGAGGAGACUUGCAGCAUUGGGCUUCUAUUUAACGUAUAACCAUGAAAACUGAAUCAUUUUAUCCUUUUGUAUAAUCAUGAAGCCAGAAAAUGCUGUCCAGUUAAGUGCUGCUGAUGUGGGGAUCGACCCUGCAGAUCGAGUUGGAAUGUUCUUUUAUCUGUCACUUGUUUCCAACCCAAAGCAGUCUGCAGUGUUUAAAUGGAAUAGCAAUAUUAAUUGUUCCUAAUCUGUUUCACUGAAAAAUCAAAGGAUUUAGUCUAAAUUACCCUGCAAGUGGCACUGCUGAAAGGCAGUAACUAGGGGGUGAAGGCAAUUACUGGCAUCAGUAAUUUCUUCAACCACUGCAACUUGAUCCGCAGAAGUAAAUCAAUCUAUGCUAUGACAGGGAAAAUAAAAUGAGAAGAGACAGGAAACAAAAUUGCACUUUUUGCUGCACAGUGAAAAGAAUGUAGGUGUGUUAGCACAGAUAUAUUUGAAACAGAUACUAACCUGAUGGGAGCUAAGAUUUCAUUUACGAGAAAAAUCACUUUACAUAGAACACUUGAACAUUUACCUUAGAGAAAUGCUAUCCUAGCGGAUCCUAAAUUCUGGAAUGGCCAAAUUAUGUAAAGAUUAGGCAAAUAUUCUAUGCAUGGAAUUCAAGAGAGUGAUUUAUCUCUUAAAAAUUCUUGGCUGAACGCUGUAUGCAGCUACACAGAUAUCUGUGUGUACCUGUGAGUCUUCCUCUUGCAUCUCUCUUGAGGUUGUUAACAACCUCAAGAAGGGAAUAUAUUGUUAUUCAGAAACCAGCUUGGAAAGCACAGAUUUUUUCCUCUGUGCAGAACAAGUGUGUAUCUCCCUUUAAAGGUAUUGGUGUUCCAGGGUACUAUGAACAGGCAUCACCAAAUAUAAAAUUAUGUGAAAUUUCUUUAAGUUCACUAGGCUGGUUUCCACACAUCGUUGGCUGAAGUUCACCAGACUGCAUUUAGAUAAUAACAUUUUCUUGCCAGUUUAGGUUCCUGAAUUAAAAAUAUCCAGAUUUCUUUGUUGUUGUUAACAAACAUUACAUAAUUUUGUCAGUGCAAAACCUGGGGGGAGAAUUAAGACAAGUGUUCUUCUAGACCCAUGUUUAAGCAAGAGGUAUAAAAAGAUCUGGUUCUCAGCAGAUGGUUGCUUGCAAACUUCUUGCCUACUUUUUUCUUAGGAAACAACAACAACAACAAAACACACACAAAAAAAAAAAAAAAAAAAAAAAAAAAAAAAAAAAAAAAAAAAAAAAAGGACAAUGUGGUAGAGAGAUCGAAGGAAGAGAUUUUCCUAAGGCGCAAAGGAAAAUCUCAUGAAAAUCUCAUGAAAAUCUCAUGCUGGAAAUAGGGGAUUCCUGUACUUAUUUCUUCAUUCAACAGGAUCCAGCCCUAAAAUUCUUACCUCAGUAUUUAGUUAAGACUUUCAAGUAAAAAGUUGUGGAAGGAAGGAUUUUUUAGGAAGGAUUAAGUAAAAUGUUACUUUUUUAAUGAGGUUUUCAAACAGUUCUUGUUGCUGUUGUUGUGGGAAAUGUUCUCCUUUAGUGUCUCUUACACUUUAGGAACACAGUAUUUUGUGACAUUUAAAGGAUUUUCCUUUUCUCCUUUCCCAGCUACUCCUGGCGUUCUACACGAAUACCCAUUAGUCAUUCUGGAGAUGGACUUACUGUCUGGAACCUACCUCUUGGCAGUCUUGUUGGCCUGCAUUGUGUUCCAAUCUGGCGCACAGGAGAAGAAUUACACCGUGCGGGAAGAACUGCCUGAAAAUGUCCUCAUUGGCAAUCUGCUCAAGGAUCUCAACCUAACGCUGGACCCAGACGUGCCCCUGUCCUCCCCGCUGCAGUUCAAGCUCGUGUACAAGACUGGGGAUGUGCCCCUGGUGAGGGUGGAGGAGAACACGGGGGAGAUCUUCACGGCUGCCAACCGCAUCGACCGCGAGAAGCUGUGCGCCGGCAUCUUCAGCGAGAACCGCUGCUUCUACGAGGUGGAGGUGGCUGUUCUGCCCGAUGAGGUAUUCAGACUGGUCAAGAUCAGAUUCCUAAUAGAGGAUAUAAAUGACAAUGCCCCUCUUUUCCCCUCAACGGUUAUUAACAUCUCUAUCCCUGAGAACACAGCCAUUAAUUCCCGCUACUCGGUCCCAUCUGCCAUCGACCCGGACAUCGGCGUGAACGGUAUCCAGCAUUAUGAGCUCCUCAAGCCCAAAACAGCUCCGAAAAGGACAUUUGGAUCCAUUACAAAUGACCAGGGUCAAAAUGUAUUUGGUCUUGACAUAACCGAAACACCCGAGGGAGAUAAGUGGCCUCAACUGAUCGUCCAGCAGAUCCUGGAUAGGGAGCAGAAGGACACCUAUGUGAUGAAAAUCAAAGUUGAGGAUGGUGGGAGCCCCCCAAGGUCCAGCACUGCCAUCCUGCAGGUCACGGUGACUGAUGUCAAUGACAACCGCCCGGUCUUCAAAGAGAAUGACAUCGAAGUCAGUGUGCCAGAAAAUGCCCCCGUGGGCACCUCUGUGUCUCAGCUCCAUGCCACCGAUGCAGACCUGGGCUCAAAUGCACAAAUACACUUCUAUUUCAGCAAUCAGAUCUCCAGCCUGGCCAAAAGGCUCUUUGCCAUCGAUAACACCACUGGCCUCAUCACCAUCAGGGAGCCACUGGACAGGGAGGAGUCUCCUGUGCACAAACUGACUGUUUUGGCAAGCGAUGGCAGCUCAACUCCAUCAAGAGCGACGGUGACUGUUAAUGUCACAGAUAUUAAUGACAACGUCCCAUCAAUAGACACGAGGUACAUCAUCAACCCAGUGAAUGGGACAGUGCUUUUGUCUGAGAAGGCUCCCCUUAAUACAAAAAUUGCUUUGAUAACAGUGAUGGACAAGGAUGCUGAUCAGAAUGGGAAAGUUACCUGUUUUACAGAUCACGAUGUCCCUUUCAGGCUAAAACCAGUGUUUGAUAAUCAGUUUCUCCUGGAGACAGCCACGUUUCUAGACUACGAAGCUACACGGGAAUACGCCAUCAAAAUAGUGGCUUCAGAUUCAGGGAAGCCCCCCUUAAACCAGUCUGCAAUGCUCCUGAUCAAAAUUAAAGAUGAAAAUGACAAUGCCCCAGUUUUCACACAGCCUAUCAUAGGCCUUUCCAUCCCUGAAAACAACGCUCCUGGGACUCAGCUAACAAAGAUCAGUGCUACAGAUGCUGACAGCGGACGGAAUGCCGAGAUCAGCUACAUCCUGGGUUCUGAUGCACCCCCAAUUUUCAACCUGGACCGCCGCACAGGCAUCCUGACAGCAGUGAGGAAGCUGGACAGAGAAAAGCAAGACAGGUACUCUUUCACUGUGCUGGCUAAGGAUAAUGGGAUGCCACCUUUGCAGACCAAUGCUACCGUGACGGUGUCAGUGCUGGACCAGAAUGAUAACAGCCCUGCUUUCACACAUAAUGAAUACAAUUUCUAUGUGCCAGAAAAUCUGCCCAUGUAUGGCACAGUGGGGCUUAUCACAGUUACGGAUGCUGAUGCGGGAGACAACGCUGCGGUCACUCUCUCUAUCUUAAAUGGUAGAGAUAAUUUCAUUAUAGAUCCACUUACAGGUGUCAUAAGACCUAACAUUACCUUUGAUAGGGAGCAGCAGGGGUCAUACACUUUCCAGGUGAAAGCAGUGGAUGGAGGAAGACUGCAGCGUUCCUCAACUGCCAAAGUGACCAUCAAUGUUGUUGAUGUAAACGAUAACAGGCCUGUUUUUGUUAUUCCUUCAUCUAAUUAUUCCUAUGAAUUGGUCCCAACUUCAGCCAGCCCGGGUUCUGUAGUCACUAAAGUCUUUGCAGUUGAUAAUGACACGGGAAUGAACGCAGAGCUCCGCUAUAGCAUCAUAGGUGGGAACUCCAGGGGCUUGUUUACCAUUGACCAAUUAACAGGCAAUAUCACUUUGAAAGAGAAGGUAAUUACAUCAGAUCAUGGCUUGCACAGACUGGUGAUCAAGGUGAAUGACCUGGGACAGCCGGAGUCUCUUUACACCAUAGCUCUUGUGCACUUAUUUGUGAACGAGACAGUCACCAACAGCUCCUACGUGCAAGAGUUGGUGCGUAGGAACAUGGAAACUCCAGUUGGCCAGAACAUUGGGGAUGGUGAGAUAACCCCACAGACCAAUGAUUAUGUCAAGAUCAUCAUUGCCAUUAUUGCAGGCACCAUGACAGUUAUUCUGGUAAUUUUUGUUACCGCUUUAAUCCGAUGCCGCCAGACGCCCAGGCACAAGGUUGUCCAAAAAAAUAAGCAGAGUGGUGAAUGGGUUUCCCCCAACCAAGAGAAUAGACAGAUCAAGAAAAAGAAGAAGAAAAAGAAGCGCUCUCCAAAGAGUCUCCUCCUCAACUUUGUGACUAUUGAAGAGUCUAAGCCUGAUGAUCCUGGCCACGAGCACAUAAAUGGCACUUUAGACAUUCCCGUAGAGCUAGAAGAGCAGACUAUGGGAAAAUAUAACUGGGCCACCACACCAACCACAUUUAAACCUGAUAGCCCAGACUUAGCAAAGCACUACAAGUCUGCUUCUCCGCAGCCUACCUUUCAAAUUAAGCCUGAGACUCCUGUACCCCCCAAGAAGCACCACGUCAUUCAGGAAUUGCCUCUAGAUAACACCUUUGUGGUGGGCUGUGACUCACUUUCCAAGUGUUCAUCCAGCAGCUCGGACCCUUACAGUGUUUCUGAAUGCAGCUGUCAAGGAGGCUUCAAGACCCCGGGCCCCAUACACACCAGACAGCUCUGAAGGCCAUCGCAGCUGAUGUUAUGUUCUGAAGUCGUACGUGUACUCAAUGAUGUUAAGCCAGCAAAUAUGAAAACAAGGAAAUAGCACGAGAAAGCCCUUUGUCCUGUCUCUGGUUGCCGAAGAAAUUUAUCGUCUCAUCUCCAGAGGGGUUUGGAAGUGACGAUGAACUGUUCAAGCUGCCCUACUCAAAGGUAUCAAGGGCAAGGAUUAUUUUUAAAAGGAAAAGACAAAAAAUUUUAGUACGUUGUGCUAAUAGUGUUCUAUAAUGUAGUUUUGCUAAGAAAAAAAAGGUAAUGUGACCCAUCCUUCUUCACAGUUGGUGAUUAUGGUAAAUUUAUUUUGCUUGUAAUCAUCUUGUCCCAGAUUUUCUUUUCCUUAUUUAUUUUAGUUGAAUCAAUUAGGAAUUUUGUUUCUAUGAAUAUAUUAAAAGGGAGCAAUAAAUUUUAUUCAUAUGUUAAAGAGAGAAUGUAAAGUUCUUUAUACUCCCUGCAUUUAAAAGGAAAACAACUGAGUUGUUGUCACUUAUAGCACCAUUAUACAUGUUAAGAAUUAAGUGUUAUUUAUAUCUAUUCCAUAGUAUUUUUAAUGAUGAUAUUGCUGCUAUGGAUCAUAAAUAGAAAUGAUCAAGUCACUGUUUCUCAUUUUCUAGGCACAGUAGUAGUAGUGAAAACUAGUACUUCCUGCUUUCUUAUCCACAACAUUUUGUAAUAAAUGAUCACCUUUUAAAUAACUGGAAAACAUUCACGUAACUUUUAAUAAGAAAAAUUAAUUUGCAUUUUGCUUGCUGAAGCCUAGUUAAUGUCUAUUUCAUAGGUGCCAAACAUUUAACCUUUUGAAUUUUUUUUAUUUAAAAAGAAAAAGUCAUAAAUCCAGUAGCUUGGUUUUCCAUGUAAUAAAAUAGGAAAUAGGACACACAAUUUUUUCAGUUACCCAGCAUAUGUGGGGGAAAAUGGCCUACUGUUGUUUUUUGCUGUUUGGGGGGUUUUUUCCCCCCAAUUAUUCUUCUAUAAAGUUUUUUUUGUUGUUGGUUGGUUGGUUUUUUGUUUUUUUUUUUUGGUUGGUUGGUUUUUUGUUUUCUUUUUCUUUUUCUUUUUCUUUUUCUUUUUCUUUUUCUUUUUCUUUUUCUUUUUCUUUUUCUUUUUCUUUUUCUUUUUCUUUUUCUUUUUCUUUUUCUUUUUCUUUUUCUUUUUCUUUUUCUUUUCCUUUUCCUUUUCCUUUUCCUUUUCCUUUUCCUUUUCCUUUUUCUUUUUCUUUUUCUUUUUCUUUUUCUUUUUCUUUUUCUUUUUCUUUUUCUUUUUUUGUUUGUUUCCUUUUUUUGGAAUUAAUUUUUUUUUAAUUAUCAUUUGUUAUUUAGCACGGCUCAUUUACAAAAUAAAACUUGAGUAUUAUAGCUUUGUUUGAAGGUUAGUUGCAAGUUCUUGUAUAUUGCCUCACAUUUUAGGGAGUAAUGCUUAAUAUGUAUCAUCUAUAAUAUUAGAAUUUCAUAUGCAACGCAAAAUCUCUUAGGAAGCAAAGGAGUAUAAAGAACCCUGUUUUCUGCACUUAUGUGAAGACGUAAUAUUAGUUUGCUAGAGUAUAAUGAAAUGCAGACACUGCUUUUAACUGGGAUGUAUACAGUAUAUAGAACUUUCUUUUAAAGAAAAAAGUUAUUAAUGAUUCGUGAAUUAGACUACAACAUGGAAUUCUUACACAUUACUGUAUGUUUGAUGUAAAGAUAUUUAUAGGCUUGUACUUAAUAAUCACGUUGCCUCAGUUCUUGGACUGCAGAAUGUCUACCAUGACUGUUGCCUAUAGUUUGCUCCACAUUUGCUAUCUGGCUCUUUUAAAAGAAAAUGUGUAUUUGGCUAUUUGAUCUGUAAAAUAAAUUAAUAUUAAUAAUGAAGUAUGUAUUGUAAUUGAGCAUAUUGUAUUGCAUAAUUAUAGCUAUGACUGUUACAGAGAGUUUUUCAUUUCCAAUGAUGGGAUCGCUUUCUUGGGAAGAAGUUCAUGUACCUGUCAGACAGUUUUGCUGUUCCUGUUUUUAGCAGCCUUGCAGCAUUCAUGCUUCAAAAUCGCCCAACACUUGCAGUGGUCAGACAUGCAGUGACAUUUAUUGACUCAGCACCACAACACAGCCAGUUUAAAAUUCAUUCCCAACACAGUGAGGGAUUCAUCCCAAAAGUACUGUUUGGUGUCCCACACACUGCUCCUGCCUGUUGCUGCUGCAGUUGUUUGUAGAGGUGUUUCCUAUAUGGGUGAUGGUUCCUAUAGUCAGUGAUGUUUGAGUAACAACCCUUGGGCCUCAUUCAGAUUGGUUUGUCAGGCAGACAGGAUGAUUUCAUAGGCUUUGAGUUUUCAUUUUUUUUCCUUUGAGUCUUUGGAUUUCUCUCCUUACAAGAAUUAGGUUGGAUUUCCUUUUUGAGAAAACCCCUAUAUGUAAACUUAAUAUUUGAUUAAGAGAAGCACCAAAUAAUUACAAUGCUUACAUUCAAACUUUUUUUUUUUUUUUUAAUCCAGGGAUACUGAGUGGGGAUAAUGUAAUUUAGUCAUCUCAAGUGAACUUGUAGUUGCCCUCAGUUUUUUCUUCUGGUGGUGACAAGUCACUGAGAGACUGUAGCAGGUUAUUUUGAUUUUAGGACUGCAUACCCUCUAGAAGUGCCUACUUUCUUGCACUGAGUAUGAAGAAAACCUUUGAUAAGUACCUUUCUUGUACCAGAUGUGCCAGUUAUGUGCUUUCAGAGAAAAAAUAUACUUCAUUUCAAGUUCCUUUGCUUUUAACCUAGCUGAAGCUAUAACUUUUUCCUAGUAUUACACUCGUCCUAUCAUUCUAGUCUACCAAUAAAUAAUUCUAAAAGCAUCUAAGAUGAUGUUAAAAUUUGCAAAAGCUACAUAAAUGAACAUAAUGUGGUUUAAUUAAUGGUCCCAAUCAGUAAUCUCCCUCCCCUGGUUCUCUCAUGAACCACAGAUCUUUUAAGUUGCUCCUUUUCAUGUGUUUUGUCUGUUUCAAUUUUUGUUUUUGAACAUCUAAGUAUCAAUCUUUUUUAAAAGUUGUUUUUUCACAGGCUGGUAUAAAACUUAUUCAGAGCUCAUUUCCUCCUGAUGGUAGAAUAGGUUCAUAAAAAUCCCAUGAAAGCCAUGAAUGCUUAUUGACCAAAUAUGUGUGUGUGCUGGAUAUCAAUUUAUACAUUUUUCUGUGAUGAAGGCUAGUCAAAAAUUUCUGUUAUUUUUGUUUUAAAUAGUGUUAGUAUCCUGAGUCAAAGCUAGAUAUAUAUGUUUCAAAACCAAGUGUUUCUCAAGUAUUUUCACCUACAGACUUUUUUUUUCCUGAGUGAUUAGAAGUCAGAGUGAAUUAUGAGCAAAAAUCACUGAGUUGAGCAAAUGUUACUUACUUUGAACUUGACAACUCACUAUAUUUUCUUUGGAAUAUCAAUAUAUUUAUCAUACUUCAGCCUGCAAUUAUUAGUCACCUCAGUACAAACUUCUCAAGAAAUUCCUCCUUUUCUCUGGUGCUCAUUGCCUCAUCUCCAGAGCAGCCAGGCUAUAUCUGUAGGGAAAGCUCCAGAGCCUACUUUGGAUCAGUUCCAGUGCAAUGUGGGGCUGAACAAAAAGAAAACUUCUUUAUUUAGUGCCAGUUUUACAUGUAACUGAUCCCAUGGCUGCUUGCAGCCCUCUCCAGCAUAGCAGCUGGGGCUGGCUCUCAGAUAAGCUGGUUGCAUCUAGUGCUGUGUUGCCAAUUAUUAUGGAAUUCUUAUGGAUUUGUGUGUCUACCAAGGCUCCCUCCCACCUGACCUCAAACACCCCCUAGAGCAAAUGAGGCACUACAGAAACUUAUGGGGAUUUAAGUGCUUCUUAGUUCGAGUGGGGGACUUCUGAAGGGCAGUAGGGGGCUGUCAGGAACAAAGCUGAUUUGUGAUGUAAAUAGAAUUGUGUUUUUAACAUAAACUGUAAUGCUGCAGGGUGGGUUUGUUGUUUUUUUUUCUUUUUUUUGGUUACACUUUUCUGGUGAUUUCCCAUUUUACCAUAAAACAUAUAUUUAUCAUGUAUCCUCCUGGUCUUACGUAUUAUAUGUAAAGUCUUUUUAACAAAUGAUUUGAAUAUAUAUUUUUGCUUUCAUAUCGAAUUACUGAGCACUGUUCCUUUUAUGUCUUAUUUAUCUAUUUCUAAAAUAAAUUUGGUUUGACGAUUAUAUUUGCGUACCUUCUGGAGAAGCACUGUUUUUAAAUACACCUCUGGUCUGUUUGCUUAAUGCAUGCACACCACCAAGCCCCUAGAGAAACUGGUAUUUUUCACAGUUUAGGAGCUAUGAUUAUUAAAUAACUUAACCACAUGUAAGCUUUACAAGAAGAAAUAUGCCUGUUUGAAAAACCUCAUACUCUUCGGCAGCACAUUUCUUUUGUCUACAAUUUUUUCAAAGAAAUCUAAGCAGGAAUUCCAAUAAUUACACAUUUUCCAAUGAUGUUUCCAUGCAUGUGUUAGUGCUUAUAUCCGUCUCUGUAUGUAUUUUGUUUGCCUGUGUAUAUAGGGAGCAUGAGGAUGUCUAUAUGUCAUAACACAUUUAUCACACGUUCAAUUAGCAAAGGUUGUAUGCAGUAAAUGUUGCACAGACUGAAGCUGCAGAGACGUGCCCAUCCCAGUAUCUCUUGCUGUGAAAUAUAGCCAGGCUCUAAGGAUUUCAAUCUGCCACAUUAUUUGAUUUUUGGGAAGAUUUGUCUUCCCUUCUGAGAAUGUACUGGGCUCACAAUAUAUGAGAAGAUGACUCGUGGUGAUUUGGAGGUUAAGAUACAAAUAUGAAAAGUGCAGUUUUGAGUUCUAGUGCUAUGAUUCUUCCACUAGGUUAUUUUACUCAUUCCGAUACUGUUUCUCAGUAUUCUAAAAUAUAAUUUUCUUUUACUAAAUAGACUUAUAUUCUUAAAUUUUACCACUGAAAAUGUAGCAAAAUGACAUUUUUGUAUUUUCUCCAAAUUGUGAGCUUCUGCUUAUUUCAUAGACACAUGUAAAUCAAAUUCAGUUAUUUACACGCAUAGAGAUGGAUAUUAAAUGUGAUAUCAGGAAUUUUUCAGGGGCAUUAUUGACUUUUUGCAACCUUUUAAAUAGGUUUUAUUCAUUUGUGUUCUCAUUUCCAAGGAAGGUGUUCAUUCAAGCUGAAAUCACUUAUUUCCAAUAAAAGCUGAAUGAUCAUAUCAGAGGUAUGAGGUUUGAUUUCUCAUUGCUGAAUUGCAGCUAAGACUUAUGAGCUGAAUUUCGGAGUGUGGCUCUCAGUAUUGUUUUCAUCCUUUUGUAAGAGAAGUUCCAUGGCUGUUGGAUGGAUGAAGUGCCCUCUGCUCCUGUUCUCUGUUUUCUCCUGGGCUGUGAUCUGCAAGUCUCCAGUCACAGGUUUUCCCACUCAAAAAUGCUUUUCCUAGGUCUGCAUCUGCACCAUCCAUGUGCUGAUGGUUUGCCUCUCCCUCUCUUGUAUGAGAAGGAAACAACAAGGGACAAAUUUUGGUGUUUCCCAAACACUUAGGCACGUGUGUUUCAGACAAGCAAAUGAACUUCAAAUGGGUGAUUGGAAUUUGGAAAGUCCUUUUCUUUGAAUGUUUGGGGGUUUUGAGUGAUUGGAAAUUACUCAUAAUUUUGGGAUUGUCUGAAAGCAAACUUUGCCGGAGUCUGCACGGACAAGGUCAUGAGCAUGUGCAGGACUUAGGAGGAGUUAGGAUGGAAAGGGAUGAGAGGAAAGGAAGAUCUUUUCCUUCUGUAAUUAUUAUUGUGGUGAGAAACUGAAUCAAAAUACUGAGUGCCACAUCAGAUCUUUGCAGAAGCAGUUUUAAGUCACAUUUAAGUCAUGUAUUUUAUUAAUUGCAUUAAUAUCAAUCUAUUAUGGAUAAAAGCAGCAGAAUUCAGUUGCUAACUCUGAAUGUAUCUGAACAUGUGGAUGUGCAUUCGUGUCUGGGUUGAAAAGUGAUUCAGAUCAGGUUUAUUUGGAUUGAAAGGUAAGGUGUCUUAAUUGUAUUGCUGACUGAUUUUUGUAGAUUACUAAAAAAUGUUUCCCUCCCUUUUAAAAAGAAUGUGUUUGGAGCUGGAAGUGAAGAAGAACACUCAGACUUGGAAAAAUUUAUGGUAUAGUUUUCUUUGCUAUUUAACAAGAAAAAAAUUAUAUUAAUACCUAAAGAUGGUACAAAAAGAGUGAUUUUUUUAAAAAAAUAUUUAAACUUACCUGAUGUAAAAUUACAAUUUUUGUAUAACAA